AGUCAGUCAGUCAGCGGCCGGGCAGCGGCGCUGGAUGCGGCAGUGGCGGCUGGCGCAGGAGCGAGCUAGCUAGCAGCCGAGGCCGGGCGCCCCCCUCGCUUGGAGACACCCGGACUGCGGGAGGGACGCGAUCCUGGGCCGCUUUUUUUUUUUUUUUUUUUUUUACCUCAGAAAUAGUCUCCCCUCGCUCCCCCCCCACCCCUCGUCUAACCGCCACUUCCGGUUGAAUCCCCCCCCCCGCCCCCCUCUCGAGCCGGGUACAUACCCGCCCCCGCUGCUGACAGGAUCCCAGUCCCCGUCGCUCCCCCUCCCUGCUGCGAGGGCUCCCGGCCGGGAGGAUGAUGAACUCGCUCCUCUUCGGGGAGAUGGCCCGCGCCUUCUCCGCCGGCCAGGCCCCCGGCGCCUUGGGCCCCGGCAGCCCCGCGGCUGCCUCGCCGCCGGUGACCACGGCGCUGCGGAACGACCUGGGCUCCAACAUCCACUUGCUGAAGGGGCUGAACGUGCGGUUCCGCUGCUUCCUGGCCAAGGUGCACGAGCUGGAGCGGCGCAACCGGCUGCUGGAGAAGCAGCUGCAGGCGCAGCAGAGCGAGCGCGACCGCCGCUUCCGCUACAAGACCUUCUCCCGGGACCAGGCCGUGCAGACGGACUCGGGGCCCCCGGCUCCCGGACAGGGCGCCCGGCCGGCCGGCCCCGCCGCGGCUGCUGCUGCGGCCGCCGCCGCCGCCCCGCCGCAGCCCUACGGCCGCCUGCCUGGCACCAUCUGGAGCUACACCCAGGUGCGCCGCACCGGCGGGGGCGGCCUGGAGACCCUGCAGGGGCCCGGCGUCUCCUGGGUCCAUCCGGACGGCGUGGGGGUGCAGAUCGACACCAUCACCCCCGAGAUCCGGGCCCUCUACAACGUGCUGGCCAAAGUCAAGCGGGAGAGGGACGAGUACAAGAGAAAAUGGGAGGAGGAACUGGCAAAGCGAAUGGGACUGGAGUCUAUUGUAGAAACCAUGCAAGAGGAGGCCCAAGAAGCUGAAGCUGUCCAGGAAGAGUUAAAUGAAAAGAUUGAGCGGCUGAAAGCAGAGCUUGUUGUCUUUAAGGGUCUGAUGAGUGAUCCCAUGACAGACCUGGACACAAAGAUCCAAGAAAAGGCCAUGAAGGUGGACAUGGACAUCUGCCGUCGAAUCGAUAUUACAGCCAAGCUGUGCGAUGUAGCACAGCAGCGCAACUCUGAAGAUGUUUCCAAGAUAUUCCAGGUUGCUUCCAAAAAGAAAGAACGCAAGCUAACAUCUGACGAUGACCUCUCUGAGCAGGAUGGAGACAACACCAGAUUAUCAGAUGAUGAAGUCAGCUGUUCUCUGAACAUCACAGAUGAAAUGAAGCGAAUGUUUAAUCAGCUGCGUGAGACAUUUGAUUUUGAUGAUGACUGUGACAGUUUAACAUGGGAGGAGAAUGAAGACACCCUGCUUCUCUGGGAAGACUUCACAAACUGCAAUCCUUCAGUUGACCUGCAAGGAGAAGAGGAGAAUCUGGGAAACUUGAUCCAUGAAACAGAAUCUUUCUUCAAAACAAGAGACCAAGAAUAUCAGGAAACAAUAGGACAGAUCGAGCUGGAGCUAGCCACAGCCAAGAGUGACAUGAAUCGCCACCUCCACGAAUAUAUGGAAAUGUGCAGCAUGAAGAGGGGCCUGGACGUACAGAUGGAAACCUGUCGUAGACUUAUCAAAGGCUCAGCUGACAGAAAUUCUCCAUCUCCCAGCUCUGUAGCCAGCAGUGACUCAGGAAACACAGAUGAGAUUCAAGAUGAGUUUGACAGAGAGGCGGAUGUGGAGCCUAUGGUCAGCUGAUACAUAGUCAGAGCAUUCCAGUAAAAGGGAAAAUACAGAAGAAAAAAAAAGUGAAAAAAUAGAAUACUGACCGAACAGACUAAUAAGCCCUGGCACAGGGUUCCUGAAGACUCAUUCCAAUACGCAUCCCCACCCCACCCAAGGAUUGGUGCUGUACAUUUCUACUGUUCUACAAAUUACAAAUGCAGAAUUCUGUAAGAAAAUAUGGUGUUUUAAUUGUGCCUUUGCCCCAAGCUGAGCCACUUUGAGCUCUAAUGAAAUAUUAAUAGCAGGUGUUUUUUAUAAGAAAAAUAAAAAGGGGGGAAAAAAAUUUGGACGCAGCAGAGAAUGGUGCUGGAAAAGUUUUGCGUGUUUCAGUAGACUUAUGACCUACUGAAGUGCUGCACUGAUUGGCGAAAGGAACACUGUGGAAAAAUGAGCAUAGAACACAACACAAUUACAGUAUGAUGACCACAGCUGUCUUACCAAAAAAAAAAUAAAUAAAAAAAACGUAAACACCUCCAAAUGUAGCCGUUAACCCCAUUUAAAAAUAGCAGUGGGUUAGAGGCAGACUUUAGGCUCAUGCAAUUAUAAGGUAUCUAAAGGAAUCUCUUUAUGCCAUCUGUCUGGGUGGAGGGACCUUUGGAAUCUGCACAAGCUUUUUGCCUGAGUCUAGAAUCCCAAGAAGCAGUUCUCAGCUCGGUGGCAAAGCAGAUGGACAGGGUACACUGGGGUGGGAAUAUCACCGUUAAACUACUAUGCAAAAAAAAAAAAAAAAAGCUUGCCUUAUUUAUAUGGAAUGUUUGGUCCCUGCUGGGCUUGAGUUAUCUCUUGGUGGAAGGAAAGCUAAAAAACACAGUUGCACAUGUUAGUUAUCUGUAGAGCUUCCUUUGUGGAGGAAUGUCUGUUAUAAUGCCUUUGUUUCCUGGGAUGGGAUUAGGAGGGGGAUCAGCCCUUCAGUUCCUGAAUUUUUUUUCCAAUACUUUUUUUUUAAUCAUAAUAGUUGCAGGUCUGUCUUUACUGUCUGGGAUAUAAGCAGCAUAAAAUGCAAUUUCAUGAGCAGCGUGGUUGAAGUAUCAGGGUAAACUGACACACUAUGCUAUAGAUGUAGGCUUGAGAUGUGACAUCAUUACAGACCACUGUUCUUUGGAAAAGCUGAAAAUCAGAAAAUACUGUAAUGCUUUUUAGGGCACAGUAAAAUGAAUCCUAAACUACUGCUGCUCUGGAAUUAGGGAAUAACAGCCAUGUGCUUUCUCUGUGAGAAAGCAAGUAGACCUAGGCCUUACGUGUCUGUUCCUCUGUAUUUUAAACCAGAGAAAGCAGCAUCAAAAGUCUAAUUUAUUUACUUUCUAUUCAGGGAGCUGGUGGCAUGAGAUGGGCUGUUCUUGGUUAUAAUUAGGAGUUAUCACAACUGAGCCAAGAGAAAAGGGGAAUGGAAAUCUCCUGACUGUAAGCAAGCGGAAGACCAUACCAGAUUGUUUUGCAGGCCACUGUUGAAGACCUAAUUAAUAUCUCUUAGAAGUAACUAUGUAGCUAGUGACCAUUUUAAGACUUAGAGACUAAAUUUCAAAUUAUUAUUUUUUUCCCCCUUUCAUGAAUCUCCUCCCACAGCGGUUGGAAAAUACUGCGAGUGGUUUUCUUCCCAUACUAUUUCAUGUAGAUUGGACGGAGAAAUGUCAGGUUUUUAGCAUCCUCUCAGUGUUAAGUGGUGCUGAGAUGGCUGUUCUGUACUCAUCAACUUGAAAUAAAAUCAGGGGAUGGCAUUGUGAGCAAACAAAAUCUAGUACACAGAAGAGUGCUGCUUUCUCCAUAACAGAGCACAAGUGUCUGUAUUAGGCAGAGAAUGCCUCUUGGAAUUUUGCACAACUUGCUUCACUCUGGGGGCAGUGUAACCCUGACAGAUCCUUGCUUGUACAGUAGCUUUGUGUACCGUACCAUCUUAUCGACUCUGGUUCCCUGCAUUGCUGCCUAAAAUUCUCUCAUUGCUCUUCCCAUUGAGUGUCCUGUAGCUGACUUCGUAGACCCAGACUGAAUUGUGUGGGCCAUCUGAAACAUAUGGCCCCCCCCAUAUCUUUCCAGGUGGGAAGAACUACUGUGAUGAGACCCUUCUGGAUCCACAAUGUGAGUUUAAAUUACUCCCGUCCACGAAAAGAACUGUAAUGCAAGGACACACUGUUAAUUUUACUUUUCUUGCUGUUUGAAACAUUCAAGCCACUUGUGCAUAAUCGCUUGUUAGGAACUCUUUUAUCAGUCAGACUGUACCUCAGUGGCCUUUUUAAAAUGUUUCAUUACAUGUGUAAUAUUGUGCUUAGGUCCUUUUUUAAAAGAAACCUGUAUUCCAAAGUGCUCAUUCCUAGCAUAUCUAGCCAAAGCAGUAAAUUAUGUUCACUAGGAGUGGGAUUUGCGGGGUGGGGUGAAAAAUACAUGUCAGUCGUGCCCUUUUGAUAAGGGAAUGGGACUCCCAUGUUUUCAGUUAAAGUAUUUUUAAGGUUACCAAGCCUCUUUGAACCUCAGCUGCUAAAUAUAUUAGGUUUCUCAAAAGGUUGAGACCACCUGCCAAAGCUGAAUGUUUGUAGUUCGUUCUCUAGUGACUUUGGAGGAAACAUUGUUUAUAACAGGAGUUUGCUCCUGUAAUGAGACAGCCUUCCUGGAGACUUCCAGUCAGCUGUCCUCAGAUUAUGAAAACCUCUUUUGUAGGGGAGAAGUUGAACAGUUUAAACAGCCGUCCUACUUAGCUGCUGCUGCUUUCUUUGUAAAAUGCAGUAUUCUGCAAGGAGACUGGUUCAAUGUUUUACCUUUUAAUGGUUGGCAUGUUGAGGCAGGGAAAGAGAAGAGUAUCCUGCGUUAGAGUGAACUGCUUGAGGAAGCAAAACUUAGUUGUUGAUACAAGUAAUCUGUAACCUACAGUUCAUCUCAUAGCCAUAAUUAUGAGGAGCAUCUGUAAUGAGGUUGCAUUGUUUGCAAGUGUAGGAGGUGAGGAUAGCUGUAUAGUAAAGAAUAAGAAAUAAUGUGUAUGAUGAUGAAAUGUGUAUGAUGGUAAUAGCAAUGACCAUGGUUGUUGUUGUUGUCUGUUUUUUCUAUAACCAUAUGUAAUCCAUUUUUAAAGUUUGUCUUCAUACUUGGGUUUGGGGUUAUAUUUUAGUCAAGGCAGUGGACCUGAUAGCUAGUGGGGUCAGCCCCUUGGUAGUUAUUGAGUCGAUCCCAUGGUCGUUUUCCCAUGCGGUUUUUUGUUUAGUUUUGUUUCAAAUGAUGCUGCUGAUUUAGCUGACAGUGGUCCCAUUUUGUCUGUAUUUAACACAUCUGUAGUGACCAGAUCAAAAGCUUGCCAGAAGAAAAAUUGUGAAAAUGCUGGAAAUCAUUUUGAUGACCUCUUUUUUCCUUUGUAAAGCUGUAAAUACUUUUUUUAUUUUCUAUUUUUAACGCAGUGUCAUAUUGACACUUUUUUAGACUUAUCAGUAAAUCCUCCUCAUUGUUUUUUUCCUCAUUUUUUUAAGAGGAUUUCAAGAAAGCAAACUUUUUUUGCUUGUUAGCAGUGUAAUAAAGUAGAUCAAAUUCCUAAAAUGGAUUUGUACAAAAACAGUGUUUUCAGUGAAUAAAUCUCAGUGCUUUUGUGGAUGCAUGUUCUUCAAAAAGUCCAAAGAAUCAUGUGGUACAAACGUUUUUCAAGGAUUUAAUAAAUACUACGUUAGCUCCGGCAAGAAACAAGGAAUGAAAGCAUUUUUUAAAGUAUGGCUUGGAAAAACAUUAAAUGCAACUAAGAGAAAUGUGUAAUCUAUUUAUAAAUAAACACAGUUUAUUCUAUUUUCUAGGUAUAUAUAUUUUUUUUUAAACAUGCAAACAGAAGUCAGUUAGCAAAUACAGGUCUUCCUCUGUAAAGUAUUCUCUGUUUGAUGGGACUCCAAAUUCUCGACACUUUCAAGUAUCAGCAUGAGAAACAAAUGUAACAGGUGUGGCUGUCGGUGAAACACUCCUCCCAUCUCUUCCUCAUAGCAAGAAAAACAUAUGUUGCGAACGUUACUGUAACUGCAGAAUUAUUUUUCCCCAUCUUCACUGAUUCUAAUGCCUUCUAUUAGAGGGUGAGCAUGGACUGACAUCUAUUCUGCUAACCACAAAUGAUACUUCAGAUGCAUAUUUUACAUUUUUAAAAUUUACCUAGAAUAAGAUUCGUAUUUUACCCUCUAGCAGGGUAGAAUAUAUUAGGACUGCAAUUCAGACUUGAGGGGCCUGAUUGCUAAUUUCCUUACACCAGUAUAAAUGGGGAGUAACUCCAUGGAAUUAUACCAGUUGGAGAUCAGAAUCUUUCUGUAUGUAGGAAGGCUUUUUAGAACUGGUUGCAAUUUCGAUAUGGUAAAGGAAAUAUUAACAUAACAUACUUGCUUUCAAAAACUGAAAUUCCCAUUGUCAGUCCAGACUCAGGGCAGGUCUACACUACAUGGUUAAGUUGACCUAAGUGAUGCAACUCCAGCUAUGUGAAUAAUGUAGCUGGAGUUGAUGUACCUUAGGUUGACUUAUUGCGAUGUCUACUCCUCACUGGGUUGACGGGAGAAACUCUCCCGUUGACUUACCUUAUGCUUCUCGUUCUGGUGCAGUACCGGAGUCGAGGGGAGAGUGAUCGGCAGUUGAUUUAGCGAGUCUUCACUAGACCCGCUAAAUCGACCCCCGGUGGAUGGAUUGCUGCACCCACCUGUAAGUGGAGACAGGCCCUUAGGAUGAGUGAUGGCAUUGAUGGUACAGGAGUGCUUACAGCCAUACCAGGAACACCCAUAAACCUGUUGAAAUGAAGCAGAUAUUUGCUUAUGUUUUCCUUAUUUCUAUACUGUGGAAAGAUCAUAUUGAUGGAAGAAUGUUUGUACCUGGAACAUGUAGUGAAGAACAUCUUAAUGAUGAAGGGCUUCUGACUGUGCUUCAUUUUUGUGAAUGCUACAUCUUUGAGCAGCAUAAUGUUUGAAAGGGAGUGCUGCUGACUAAACUCUUAAUGCUAUUAAUGCUUAUAACGGUGGAAAACUUUAAAAGGGUCUUUCACCUAAGCUGUUCUAUUGGAAUUUAAACUCUGCUUGGAUAAUAAUGCUGACCAAGGAUCCAAGGUAAUGCUCAGAUCACUUCUUUCACAUUUUGUUUCUAGACUUUUAUUUAAAGGAGCUGGUGCAUUAGCACAAAGAAGCAGUAUUUGUAUUGCAGACACAGCAAAGACAUACUUAAAAAGUUUUCCUUUGAAAUUAUAUAAAAAUCACUGAAACAUUUGUUGGCCUUAAGUUUUGUCAAAUCUCAUUUUCACAAAACCUGAAUUUUAGACUAACUUUGACCUGAUAGUGCCCCUCGCCUCCAGUAUAAAAACAUAACGGAUAAUACCAAGAUCCCAAAUCAUCAAGCAAAUUUUACACAUGUAGGCUUGUACUAAAUAUCAUUUUUAAAAGUGUACUUGAAAGACUUACCUGUCAAGCUUUGAACUUAGCUUCUUACUUGAGCUUAAAUUUUCCUUUUAAAAUGUCUUCACAUGCAUUUGUGCAUAGCUUUGGGGUCUUCGUCUUUUGUAUUUAAAGCAGCCUUUCAAAAAGCUCAUCUUUUUGAAGUAGCAGAGAUUUUGAGAGGCUGGAUGAAGUUGGAUGCUGAUGAGGCCCUCAGCUCUUUAAAAGAGCAUGUCAGGUCUCCUUAUCUGUGACUUGUGGCACUCCAAUAAUGAAGCACUUUCACAAACAAGAUAUGGUCUUAAAUCUGAAUAGGUCUGUCUUUUCAGGCAGGCAGUGAUGCUAACAUCAGAAAAACUGCUUAAGAAAUAGUUACACAUUUGACUUCCUUGCAGUACUUGUCUAAAGGUUUUGAAAUUGACAGUCCAAAUCAUUCCCAUGGUGAAACAUACAUGUACCCCUGUGCUGCAAAUCUGGGCCAUGUUUAAUUUGUUGGCUGCCUGAAGUGACAACCCACACAGAGUUAAUCUUAAAUCUUGUUCUAGAAAUAAAUGUUUAAGAUGGUUAAGAGCUUGGGCACUUAACCACACCUCCUUAAUAAUAGAGUUUCACUGAAAGGAAUAUACAAAGUCAUCUGUCCCUAGAGUUAAACUAUUUUUUAGCUAAAUUUUGCCAAAAAUGGUAUUUAUUUUUUAAAGUGUUUAAAGGGGAGACCUUAAUUAACUCCUUUCCAUGCCAUGUCACUUUGUGUCUGUUAGGGUUUUUUUUGGCUCACGUGAGAGUUUUAUUUUAAUACUCAUUAAAACAGACUACUGUUCAGAGUGGAAAUGAAACUGUUUACUGUAUUGUUGUAAAUAUUGUGCUUUAUAUUCUGUAUAUUAGCUUAUUUUAAAGGGAAAAAAUGACUUGAGUGACAAUGCUAUUUGAUCUCCAGUAAGGAAAGAUCCAAGGAUGAACCAAUUCCUAAGCUUGCUCCAGAAGGGCCAGAUUUAAGUGGAUUGCCCCUCUGUUUGGGAGUCUGUCCUUAAGUUUAAAAGCAGACCAAUUGGUUUAUAGACUGUCCAAGAGUUUUGCAUUAUCCAUUUUGGAAGGAGCACUAGAAACAUGAACAGCAAGAGCCCGAAGCAUUUGAAUUGGAGAUAAUCCACUGGAACUCACAAUUCCCCAAGUAGUGCCAAAAACUAACAACUGUAGAUCCGAUCUCUAGCUGCCUGUAUACUGUUUUUUCUUGUUCUGUCUUGAAAGGGCAAAAGUCCAAGCACGUAUCCGCCUCCAUCAUUCUCAGCCAUCCUGUGCUUGUGGUACUGCCCUUCUGAGAAGCAUCGUGAUAUUGGUUCAUCUUUGUGCUCUUCAUUUAUAAAAAUUCUAACUAUGAAUGUUGAUUUCCAAGUCACGUACCAAAUGGGCUUCUCUGUGAAAAGGGGCUGUGUUCUGAAGCUCGUUGAUGAAAACGGGUUAUGGUAAUUGUCUGGUUACAAGGAAAACCCCCUUAAAAUAAAUGCCAAACUUCCUGGUUGUC